AAAUUGAUCCUCUUUGAGGGUUCAGAAAAUACAUACACAGAACACUUGUUCUUCUUAUCUCUAAAAAUAGUUGUUGACUGAUCCGAGCAUAUGUGAGUAUCACAUCUAACUUGAGCGCACGAUUCAGAAGUUCGAUUGAUCGUUCGAGCAACUUUUUUUUUUACGUCACAUCAUAUACAUUGUGUAGGAAAAAGGUUGACUAAAGAUGGCAGAAAAAUUUGACUAUGAGAAAGUGAUCAAAGAGUUUGAAGAACUAACCAAGAAUGCAGGAGAAGUUCAGGAAGAAACAUUGAGGAAGAUCCUAGCAGAAAAUGGCGAAACCGAGUAUUUAAGAAAUGUAGGCUUAAAUGGAAGAACAGACUCAAACAGUUUUAAGCAAUGUGUUCCUUUGGCCACUCACAAGGAUUUUGAACCUUAUAUUCAAAGGAUGAUGGAUGGCGAUACUUCUCCUAUUCUUACUUCUCAACCUAUUCCCGCAUUUUCUUUAACUUCUGGAACAACUCAAGGGAAUCGCAAGUUUAUACCUUUUAAUGAUGCACUCUUUGAUACUACCAUACAAAUCUAUCGUACUUCUUUUGCGUACAAGACCAGAGAAUUUGGUAUCAAAAAUGGAAAAGCAUUAACUUUCCUUUACAUUAGCAAAGAUUUCAUGACUAAAGGAGGUCUAAUUGGUGGAACUGUAUCAACACAUCUUUUACGCCACCCGAAAUAUAAAGAUUUAAUGAAAGAAAUACAAUCCGAAAGUUGCAGCCCUGUUGAAGUAUUUUCAGGUUCUGAUUUUCAUGAAUCUUUAUACUGCCAUCUUCUCUGUGGCUUAUUGCACUACAAUGAAGUCCAAACAAUUUCCUCAACAUUUGGUCAUAGUCUCGUACAAGCAUUCCAAACCUUUGAACAAAUCUGGGAAGAUCUUUGCUCUGAUAUCCGAUCUGGAAUCUUGAAUAACAGAGUUUCAGACCCAUCUACUCGUGUUGCUAUGUCCAAACUUCUUAAUCCUAACCCUGAAUUGGCUGACAUGAUUUAUGAGAAAUGCUCGAGUUUAAUAAGCCAUAAAUGGUAUGGUCUUAUACCAGAGAUUUUCCCAAAUGUUAAGUAUGUUCAUGGGAUAAUGACGGGUUCUAUGGAGCCUUAUGUGAAACAAUUAAGGAAGUAUGCUGGGUUGGUGCGUUUGGUUUGUGGUGAUUAUGGGGCUUCUGAAGGAUGGAUUGCUGUAAAUGCCAACCCAAGAUCACCUCCUGAAUUUGCCACCUUUGCUGUGAUUCCGAACAUAGGAUACUUCGAGUUUAUUCCUUUGAAGGAGAAUAGGAAUGGAGGAACUGAACCAAAACCUGUUGGACUUGCUGAUGUUAAACUUGGGGAAGAAUAUGAAAUUGUUGUCACCAAUUUUGCAGGCUUAUAUCGUUACAAGCUUGGGGAUUCAGUAAAGGUAAUGGGGUUCCUCAACUCCACUCCAAAUCUGAAAUUCUUAUGCCGUCAAAACGUUAUGUUGAGCAUCAACGUCGACAAGAACACCGAGAAAGAUCUACAGAUCGCAGUAGAAGAAGCAAGCAAGCUAUUGGUAGGAGAAAAGGUUGAGCUAAUUGAUUUCACCAGCCAUGUAGAUGUAUCCAAAGAGUUAGGUAAUUACGUUAUAUAUUGGGAGCUAAGUGGUGAAACUGAUGAAAAUGUUUUGAAAGAGUGUUGCAAUUGUUUGGACCGAUCUUUUGCUGAUCCUGGAUAUGUUAGUUCGCGUAAGUUGGGGACGAUUGGACCUCUUGAGCUUCGGAUGGUUAAUAAGGGUACUUUCGGUAAGAUAAUGUUGCAUUGCUUGAGUAUGGGAAAUACUCCUAACCAGUUUAAGACACCUAGAUGUGUUGGGUCUAUUAAUAAGCCACUCUUGCUAAUUUUGGGUGAUAAUAUAGUUAAGGGUUAUAUUAGUACUGCGUAUUAGUACUAAAUCAGAGUUAUAUAAAUGUUGUAUCAUCGGAUGUUAGUCUUCGGUUAAUUUGUUAUGGAUUCUGAUUUUAAAGUAUUUGUAUUAGCGUAAUUUUAAUAGUGAGUUACAAGAUGUUGUAGUUAAA